ACCCCCGGCACUCUUUUCAUUAUUCUCUUUACUUAUAAAGAUAAAUUAGAAUAAUAAAAUAAGAUAAAAUAUUUAUAAUAUUUUAUUUCCUAAAUGAUUAAAUCCGAGGUCUCAGUUUCAGAACCAUCCUACUAAACUUCUUUUGAAUGCAAAUAUAUCAUGUCCUACCAGCAAGGGGAGGAUUUCUAUUACAUGGAUGAAGAUUUUGUAGAUGACAUGGAUGAAGACAACUACGGUCAAGCUGGUGGAGAUGUGGAUGCUGAUGAAUAUGACAUGCUGACCAAGGUGACCGAUACGACUUCUGCGCAAGCGCGGAAGGGGAAAGACAUUCAGGGGAUUCCGUGGGAAAGACUGAACAUAACUAGAGAAAAAUAUAGGUUGACAAGGCUUGAGCAGUAUAAGAACUAUGAGAAUAUGCCUUCUUCCGGUGAAGCUGUUGACAAGGAAUUUAAACAUAUAGAGAAGGGUGGGAACUACUAUGAAUUCUUCUACAAUACUAGAUUAAUUAAACCUACGAUCCUUCAUUUUCAGCUCAGAAACUUGGUUUGGGCUACUUCAAAGCAUGAUGUUUACCUUAUGUCCAAUUAUUCGGUUAUGCAUUGGUCAUCAGUGUUGUGUAAUCUGUCCGAGAUCCUUAAUUUUGCUGGGCAUGUGGCACCUACUGAGAAACAUCCCGGAAGUUUGUUAGAAGGUUUUACACAAACUCAAAUAAGCACCCUAGCAGUCAAAGACAAUUUUAUGGUUGCAGGAGGCUUCCAAGGAGAGCUUACUUUUAAGCUCUUGGACAGAAAAGGAGUAACCUUUUGUACCCGGACAACGUAUGAUGAUAAUGCAAUUACAAAUGCUAUCGAGAUAUAUGACAGCUUGAGGGGUGGAAUUAAUUUUUUGGCCUCAAAUAAUGACUGUAGUGUGAGAGAAUAUGAUACUGAGAGAUUUCAACUUUUAAACCAUUUCCAGUUCCCUUGGCCAGUAAAUCACACAUCAGUCAGCCCAGAUCAAAGACUUAUCACUGUCGUUGGAGAUGACUUGGAUGGGCUGCUUGUGGAUUCGCAAAAUGGAAAGACUGUAGCCACAGUGGUAGGUCAUCGAGAUUACUCGUUCGCAUCUGCAUGGCACCCAGAUGGACGCAUAUUUGCCACGGGAAAUCAGGACAAGACGUGCCGAGUAUGGGACAUAAGAAACCUCUCAAUGCCAGUCGCUACUUUCAAAGGAAACUUAGGUGCCAUACGAUCAAUCCACUUUUCAUCCGAUGGCCAAUCCAUGGUUGUUGCUGAACCGGCAGAUUUCGUCCAUGUGUAUAACAUAAGGGCUGGUUUCCAGAAACGGCAAGAGAUCGACUUCUUUGGUGAGAUUUCGGGGGUAUCUUUGAGUCCAGAUGACGAGUCUCUGUAUAUAGGAAUAUGGGAUAGAACUUAUGCUAGUUUGCUGCAGUAUAACAAAAAACACACUUAUGGUUACUUAGAUUCUUACCUGUGAUUAUAUGUUUAAAUCAAUGUGUGCUGCUGCUUGAUGCUGUAGUUUUGCAACCUUUUUUAGAUUUUGUAAUUCAUGUAUGUAACUCGUGUACUUGUGUCGUGUUUGUUGGUAUAAUCGUGUUCAGUGUAGGAUAGAGUUGUAUAAAUUUUGCGGUAAUAAAUGUGGAGGCACAUGCCACUUGAUGGACA